CGGUCCCUGCUCUCCUGCGGGUGAUCGGUGAAGAAGCUCGGGGAGACGCUCUUGAUUUGCGUUGGUUGAGCUGAGACUUGACAACCGGGCGUGAUUUUGGCCGAAUUUGGAGUGGUGUGGAUGAACGAGAAGCUACUAUGUUCAAGAAUUGCCUGCCCAAUCUGGCAGAUGUUCCGUCGGUUCUUUUACAAGAGCGUUCGACAUCAGAAAUCUUGAGCAGAUUAUGAAGACCACAGUGACGCUCGUUCUUCAUUCUGGUCGUGCUUGAUGAUCAUCCCUGUGGAUAACUUAUCUAAGCAUGAUCUGAGUUGUCAUGCUCUGCCACAUGAUAUAUUCACAUGGGUUUUAAGGGCCAACUCUCGAUUCUUUUAGCAGGUGGAGUCGCAGUACUUUCUUGUGGAGCUGUAGUAUCUCGGUCUGACUUUCCUCAUAAAUAUAUGAACUGGACAUUUCAUGUGGUUGACGUAAGGGAGUGAGUGAUAUUUUGUACCAGCUGCCAGAAAUGAGCUGAUCAUACUCAACUAAACCCUGAUCGACCCUGAGGAAACUUGAAGGGAGCAUCGUCUCUGGUACUAAUGUUCUUUCUCCUGAUAAAAAGGGUCAUGAGAGAAGAUGGCAGUAGGAGCAUUCGUGACUGUUCUGGAGGCAGACAAAUUGAACUCACUGUUGAGACAAAGUCUCGACUCGACUCGGCUGAUGGAAUCCGCAGACAAAGAGCAAGAGAGCAAAGAAUAUUCAAAGUCAAGCGCAGAUACACCAGGCAUACAUGAUAACGAAAUCAAGGAGAUACAUUUUCUGGGAGCGGGAUUAAAAUCUCUUCGCGACGUUGCUGGUUUAUCUUCAUUUCGCAAUUUACAGUACCUCAGCCUUCACGAUAACAAUAUAGAUCGCAUAGAAUGUUUGGAAACUCUCGAUUCAUUGCGAGAGUUAAAUCUUUCAUCCAACACAAUUAAAGAGAUGGAAGGUCUUUCGACGUUGUCUCAAUUACAGGUUCUCAAUCUGUCCUGCAACCAAAUCGAAGAAAUACGAGAUCUCCAGGGUCUGCGGGCCUUGAAAACGUUGGUCUUGUCACAUAAUCACGUCAAAUCACUUUCCGGCCUGUCUGCUCUCAAUGGACCGAGAUACUCCCUACGUGUUUUGGAUCUCCGUGACAACAGGGUGGAGUCUCUAUCAGAACUUACCGUCCUUGCUGGCUGCCUAUACCUGAAGGAGCUCGUAUUUUCACGGGGAAAUCACACCAACCCGAAUUCUUCUCAUGGGAAGUCACUCCCAGGAUAUGAAGAUGGUGAAAGCAGAUAUCUUCCUCCUUACAUCCAAUUCAGCGAGUCUCAACAAGAAAAGGCUCUCUUUACAUCGCGUUCACAGGUGUCAAUCCGUUCGAAACAACCCCAUGUAGAAAAUACACGCGAAGAUGACUCACAGAGGAGGCCAUGUCAUCCCAAUCCAGCUCACAUCGAUGUUUCAGCCGGUGAAUAUUGUACGAAAUCACAGCCUACAAGGCAUACUAGUUGUCAGCAGAAUUCAACACGGAAUCUUCCUCCCGAGUCCAAAUCCGCAGGAUUACAACAGGCACAAGAGGCCUCCCCCGUCCAAAGUGAUUACAUGCAUGCUUCGAAUCGGGCCGAUCAGCCUAGCUCCGACACUCUUCUUAGACAUCCUCCUAAUCUCUCUGAGUUUGACGUCCGUGGCUUGAAUGAAGAUUCAGACCAAGAUUUCUUUGAAGCUGAAGGGGACCUUGAAAUAGGGAAAUUGUCAAGCAUUACGAGACCCGUGUUGCCUGCUGCAGAACAUUCUAAGAACGGGUUCUACAGGAGAAGGUGGCCACGGGCGAACUCUAUCAUUCCACUGGCUCGACGUAAGAAUCUUGACGUCCCAAAGGUUUGUGAUGGUGAUCCCUUAGAGGUUCUUGAACAGCGUAUCCUACAUCUAGUGCAUAAAUUAGCUCUUGCCAAGAAGGAUGCAAAGUGGCGUUUACAAGCACCUCGUGCCGAGUCCCCCGAGGCGUGUGAUGAUGAGAAUUUCAAAUUCCACAAGAGUAAACUUUGCGACGGUACUACUUGUCGUUCAACAAGGACGGGCAAGGAAGUCUGCUCUCCGUGUCCAGAUAAAGGCGAAGAAUCCAACAGCAGUGAUACUUCCGACACCCGGGAUCUCAGAGCAGAGAGUACUAGCAGGCAAGGUGUGUGUAGGUGUAACGAGAAAAGUGGCAGAUCUGAAUCAAGAAGCUCCAUUCGGCGAUGGAUGAUUUUGGUCAAAAAUUGGAUAACAAGGAUGAACCUAACGAAGUCAGACAUCGAAUCAGUAAGUGAAGGGCAAGGAUCUGAACUUGAAAAGGUUCUCCGAUUGUUGAACAAGGAGGUAAAGCACCUUCAUGAGGCGGUGGCAUCUUUCAAUUCCGGGCCAAAAUCAGAAGAAAGUCCGAAACAAUCGGAGGAGAACGCUGAGGCUAUGAGCAAGUCCAGACAUGAUGAGGUUGAUACAAAAGACUCUGAACUCGUUUCUGAAAAGAGCUCACGAGAAGAUCAGCUUGCAGAAGCCAGAAGUAUAUUUCUCGAAGAGAAGAGAGAUAUGAAGAAGCUACUUGACACAAAAGAGAAAGCACUUCAUGACCUCGAAAACCAAAUUAAGGUAAAGAAUGAAAAAGUACAGGAGUUGCUAAGACAGGCAAAGCAAAAUUUUACCAAUCAAAGAGGAGAUCCAGCUUUGUGCCCCGAGGACGACAUUCUUCAGAUAAUCAUUUCUCUUAAGAAAGAAUUAUCCUCUAUGGAGAAAUCUCUCCAGAACACUGCUGGUGCGGAGAAGAGUGCAAAAGUUGCCCUCUUGAAUGCUAUUGCUGACAAGGAGAAGUCAAAGCACCUCGUGAUAUCCAUGUACAAGGCGUUGGAAGAGGAGCGUGCCAACCUGAAAUUGUGCAAGUCUGAGCUGGAUACUUGCCAGCAAUACUGCUUGAAAACAACGAAGGAGCAAGAGACUAUUAAAUCGGAACUUGAGAAGAUGUUGGAAGAGAAGGAAAAGGAACUUACUCUAUCUAAAGAGUUACAUAAGCAGGAAAUUGAAAGCAUUCGUGCGAUUAGUAUGGAAAUAGGAAAAAACCAGGGUCUCUCAAUGGCAGAAGAAUGUUCAGCACAGCUUCGACACAGCAUGCGCGAGCAACUCUUAGACAAACAAAAUGAACUCCAUGAAGCUCAAAAAGAGAACGUGAAAGUAAGGCAAGAUAUGGAAUCUCUUCAAAAGGAACACCAGAAAGCAGUUGCAGAGCUCAACAACGUGAUUCAAAACCUCCUCUUGAAGGAACAAAACAAUAACGCGUCUAUUUUAGAGCUCUCAGCCGUUGUGCAGUCUCAGAAGGCCCAGAUACAAGCUGUAAAUUUUGAUGUCGAAAAGUUAACCGCAGCAGAGAAGGAGUUGCAGAGGAGGAAGGACGAGUUGAGCUGUUUGAGACAGAAGGCCUUCAGGUGUGAUGAGCUAGUUGAGGAGGUUGAGAAUCUACAGCAGAAGCUGACCGAAGUUUCCCAAGAUGCAAAUGACAAGUCGAAAAGCGAAAGGGAAUUGCUUUCACAGUUGAUGUCACUGAAACACGACAAUAAUGAGCUUGCUUCAGCCGUAAAAAAGCUCGAACUCGCAGAAGAUGCUGUCAAGAUUAAAAAUGUAAUGCUGGAGAGUCAGAAUGAAAGCAUAAGGGACCUUAAGCAACAGUUGCUGGAAGCGAGAGAGGCCUUCAAUAGGGUUCUGAAGACAUCUGAAACUCUUGAAAGCGAAUGUUUCAAACGUCUGCAAGAUGAAGCCGAGAAGGGUGAAGACUUGCGCAGGGAGUUGUCGCGUCAAGCCCUUGUAGUGGACAAUCUGGAGGAGAAGCUAAGAGUAGAGAGAUUGACUAAAGUGGCAGCGGAAAGGACCGCCAAGUUCCUACAACUAAAAGUUGAAGAAAAGGAGGAACUGCUUAGGUACGUUGAGGAUGAGAUAUCCCAAGUGAAAAAUCUUUAUGACAAUAAAGUGAGGGAGAUUGCAGUUGAGCGAGACCAAGCAAUGGAGGAGCUGAAAAACACACGGAAGGAAAUCGAGCAGACGAAGGAAGAAUUACUAGAAGAAGCCAAAAGGAGACAAGAUUUAUCAGUUGAAGCAGAGAAGAGCCGAGAGUUACUGGAAGCGAGAAACUCGCUCCAGAACCAAGUAGAAGCUUUGAAAGCAAAAGUAUCAGAGAAGGACUUCCAGCUAAGUGAGACGGCACGAAGAGUGUUGGAGUUGGAGAAUGAAUUGGACUGUCAAUCCCUUGCCAUGGAAAAACAAAGAGCUGUAGCUUCUUCAAAGGUGGAACAGUUACGAAGAGUUUUGGAAGAUAUAGGAGAUCUCAAAUAGAGACUGGACGCCUCGAGUUUGAGCACAGAAAUCAGGGAAACGGGCUCUACAGUACUCCAGACGAUCACGAACACGACUUGAUUGCGAGGGAGCGAGCGGAACUAGUACUUGUUGGAUAAGAAAUAUCUCAUCCGCUAUAAGUAAGAUUAAUCCCGGCAACAAGUAUCAAAGAAGGUUCAUAUUGCCUUCAAGUAUCAUGUUCAAGGUUCUGGACAAACCUGUAAAACUAUAGAUGAGAUACUUAUUCACAGUAGUUUACAAAAGGUUACACACUUUACAAUUUUAAGGCGUAAAAAUUCAUAUGCGGAUUAUAAGUAGAGGUAAUCAUGGGUUCUAGUUGGCAGAAUUGGUGUAACCCACUUUGGGCACUAAACUCAAACUAGUUCAGACUCUGCGAGGUUUGUGAACUACAUUUCAUGUCUCUAACACUAUCAUGAGCUCAGCUCUACAUGCUGAAAAACCUCGUGGCUUCUCAGUAUGGAGGGUUCCAAAGGGUGUCAGAAAUUACCGAUCCGUCUAGGUUUGGCCAGAUUGAUUGUUGUGGAUUUUCAGCAUAACUGUACAGCAGGUCAGCGAUGAGCCGAUCGUUGUCGAAGGGCGGCAUGCGCCCUGUCUCUGGACGAGGUAUUACAACGACGUCGGCCGCAACCUCGCGGUGGACAGAAUAAUUGUUGUCAUCUUCUUCCAGGCGAGGAAGGCUCAGGUCGUCUCUGACGCACGGCGGUAGGUGGAAACCCAGCUCCUGCUGCUGCUCUUGGGUCACGGUACGAUGAUCCGAGUAAGGGAACCCAGGCUCCUCCUUCACUGUCAGUGGCGGCAGUUCCGGCCAGUCCGGGCCCAUAUCUAGACCCCCGUUCGGCAAGUCCGAGACGUCAGCGACGUCUCUGGGUGGUAUGUUCCGCUCUUUGAUAAACAUGUGGCACGCGAC